UUCACUUGCGUAUUGUCGUAUUGAGCAUCUUUUGUGGGGAAGUGCUAGCUCCCUUAUGACAAAAGUGACUCUUGUGUCGUAUAUAACACCUGUGGCAUGUUCUUUUUUUAAAAAAAAGAAAAACUGGCUCCUUGUUUUCCUUACAAACAUAUAGAAACAACUCCGGAUCGGUUUUCUGAAGCCUAGACUCAGUCGUAAAAAACCAUGUUGGCAACCUUGGAAUACUUCCACUGCUUCAAAACAUCUCUUCUUUUGCUAAUCUUUAUGAUCCUUCCAAUAGUUCAACCACUCUCCUUCAACAUAACUAACUUUAGCGACCCUGAGAGCGCAAGCCUCAUCAAAAAUGAAGGCAUAGCGAAAAUUGAGAAUGGAACCAUUGUGCUCAAUUCACUUAUCAAUAGUGGAGUUGGACGAGCCAUCUAUAGCGAACCUCUAAGUCUGAAAAAUGAUUCUAACGGCAAUGUCACAGACUUUUCAACUCGUUUUUCAUUCACUAUCAAAGUGCUCAAUAAAACCAACUACGGUGAUGGCUUCGCCUUCUACAUCGCACCCCUUGCUUUUGACUACCAAAUUCCCCCCAAUUCAUCUGGUUUCCUUCUCGGCCUAUACGGUGACACCCAAAAUAACCUUGUUGCUGUCGAAUUUGACACUUAUGUAAACGAGUUUGACCCACCAAUGAAGCACGUAGGGAUCAACAAUAACUCUGUUGCAUCCCUUGAUUAUAAGAAGUUUGAUAUUGAUAGCAACAUAGGGAAGAUGGGGCAUACGUUGAUAACUUACAACGCUUCUGCCAAACUCCUUGCUGUCUCAUGGCUCUUUGAUGGAACUAGUUCUGGUUUUACGCCUAACAAUUCUCUCUCACACCAGAUUGACCUUGGGGAAAUUCUACCAAAGUGGGUCACGGUUGGGUUUUCGGGUGCAACCGGGUCGUCCAAAGAGGAAAAUGUUAUCCAUUCCUGGGAAUUCAGUCCAAAUCUAGAUCUUAAUUCCACAAAUCCAGAGGCAAACAACGAAAAUGUCAUCAUAAUUACCAAAUACAAGGUUCAGGUCAAAGUAGUAGUUGUUGCAGUGAUUUGUUCUAUUAUUGUUGUGCUGGUGGUUGUGAGUAUUAGUUGGUUGAUCAUCAAGAAGAGAAGAACCAAGGAUGAUUUUCAUUUGGAUAAAGAGCCUAGAAGGUUUGCUUAUAACGAAUUAGUUGCAGCCACCAACGGGUUUGCAGAUGAUAGAAGGCUCGGAGAAGGAGGCACUGGAGAAGUUUACAAAGGGUUUCUGAGUGAUUUAGGGCGCGAGGUUGCAGUGAAAAGGAUUUUUUCUGAUGUUGAAGAUUCCGAGGAAAUAUUUACAAACGAGGUGAAGAUUAUAAGUCGUCUUAUACAUAGAAACCUUGUGCAGUUAAUGGGAUGGUGCCACGAGCAAGGGAAGUUAUUACUGGUUUUUGAAUACAUGGUUAAUGGAAGCCUUGACACUCAUCUAUUUGGCAGCAGAAGAACAUUGACAUGGGGUGUGAGAUACAACAUAGCGUUAGGUAUGGCCAGAGCUCUUCGAUAUCUUCAUGAAGACGCGGUGCAGUGUGUUCUUCAUAGAGAUAUUAAGUCAGGUAAUGUUUUGUUGGAUACUGAUUUCAAUAUUAAGGUUAGUGACUUUGGGAUGGCCAAAUUGGUGGAUCCAAGAUUAAGGACUCAGAAGACAAAGCUGGAGGGGACAUAUGGGUACCUGGCUCCGGAAUAUGUAAAGGAAGGAAGGGUUAGCAAGGAAUCUGACAUGUACGGUUUUGGGGUUGUUGUGUUGGAGAUAGCAUGUGGAAGGAAGACUUACCAGGAUGGGGAGCAUAAUCAUGUGCCUUUGGUGAAUUGGGUGUGGAAACAUUAUGUGGAAGAGAAUAUUUUGAAUGUUGCUGAUAAGGGAUUGAACAUGGGUUUUGAUGUGGAUGAAAUGACAUGCUUGCUCACUGUGGGACUAUGGUGUACCCUCCAAGACUACAAGAAAAGGCCAAAGGCAGAACAGGUUAUUAAUGUUCUUAAGCAAGAAGUUCCGCUGCCAAAGCUUUCUACAUGACAUGCCUGAUUGUCCUUCUCAUCCUACAAAAAUGGGCAAUAUUCCAUGUAAAUAUAGAUCAGGUUUUCAUUUAAAUAUAGUUACUGGAUUGAAUAUAACUAUACUUUCAAUGUAAGUUAUCAUUCUCGUGUGCUAUAAUAUCAAAUAAAAUUAUUUUUGUAUGAUUGAAUAAGAAUAUAUUUUCACAUCCCA